AUGAACCAGAACCCCUUGCCCUCUCCGACCUUGCAGAGGGACAAGUCACAGCCAGACCUCGCCCCUGCCUCGCCAAACACCUCGUCGCCAUCAACUUCUUCGCGACCGCCGUUGCAGCGCCUGCCAGCCAGCGACGCCACAUACCAGAGCUACUCCUCCCAGGAAUCGCAGCACACAGUGUCAGCGCAGCCGUUGCAGGACCGUGAUGAUGCGACCGCUGACGCCGUCAUGAGUGUGAAGCAGAGCCAGCCUGGCGACGGGGCCUCUGAAGGGACUGGGGCUGGGCGGCACGUGUCUGAAGAGUCGGUACAGGGCGAACCCUCGCCCGAUGAGCAGGAAAUCGAGCGGCUGCGCAGUUUGCAGCUAAAAGUGCUGCAGCAACAGCAGCGACUGCGCAUGCGGACAACGGCGACUGCCAAUACGGUGGCGGCCCUGACCAGCCGUCGCGUCUCGCCUAUCAAAGAGGAGCCAAUGACUGCCAUGUCGCCCACGCUCGAGGGCGCCUUCAACAGCCCUAGUCCCCUGCCCACAGGUCUCACGACAUCGACAACAUCAACAGAGUCGGCGCGCACCAUCCGUGGUAGUGUGCCCCCCACACCUGCAACCGCACAAGCCCUCCGCACGCCAUCUUAUCCAUUUCCCACCGUCCUAACCACCCCAAGAUGGUCUUCUUCUUUUCACAUGCCCUUCACAAACCUGUCACCCACAGUGUCGGCUGCGUAUCCGAAAGAGUAUAGAUUACCAAAGGAGCGUGUCGCCUCUGAGACCAGUACCCCAGCAGCUUCAGCCACUCCUUUUGCACCGGGAGGAAAGCAGUACCAGAGCUCGGAUAGUGAAGAUCCACGAUUUCCCACGCCUAAUCUCUAUGACCUGGUGCUCCGAUUGGGCGCUGAACCAGGCCUGACAGCUUGGUGGAGUACCGUCACCUCGAUCUUGCAUCAUCACUACGGAGCAGAUCGUGCUACACUGGCAGUACCGGCCGACGCUUCCGAUAUUGAGAAUGUGCCAUGGGGCCAGAAAACCAGCUUCACUGCUACUGAGCGGGAAGGUAGUCCCAGAGGCGCGACAUAUCAGGAGGAAAGCAGUGCUGGGACGCAGAGUGAUUCUGAGCAAGUACAGGAUGUUCAGGAGACGGACAUGGAUGACAUGCAGCCCACUCCAAUGAUUCCAGAGAGAAGACCCAGGUUGUUCUCACAUCACUCUUUUGCCGGCCAUGAGCGGCAAAAACCAGGUCACUCACCAGACAGCCCGACGCCAGCAGUGCACACACGCCCCCGAGCUCCCAUGAGAGCCGCUAGUCACGCACCUCAAGCUUGUUCGCGACCAGAUCAUCCUCUGCGUCAAGUCUCGCAAGUAUCCUUAGAUGGCAGUAAAAGUCCUUUGCCAAACUUUGUGCCAACAGGCGAACCCACGUUUAGCGAUCCUGAGUUUUCAAGUGUUGGGGAACCUUCCGCGCCCGUCGCUGUGUAUAACAUCUUACGUGCUCUCGACCACGAACCAGAUGCAUUGAUAGACAGUACAGGAAUCAAUCGUGUCCUGGAAAGAGGACGUCUUGUAACACUGACUAGAGACUACUCAACAUCAUUUGCCACCGCCAGGGAGGAUCCAGAAAAGGAUAACACUGAUCCAUGCAAGCCAGCUGAUACGCCACUGGAAGUUCCUAAAUCAUCGACUGCGCGGGCGCGCAAUACUCUCGGAACAAGUGACAUCAGACUGCAGCCCCGCUAUGAAGAGUAUGAGCAAUAUCCAAGCUCGCCAUGGGCUCAAUCACCUGCUCCAUCACCGGCAAUUCAGAAUGAUGCUGACGCAAAUCCAUUCUUCAUUACGGGUAGCGUGGAUGAAGAGAGUUUCAACCCCUCUCGAUCUCCCCAAGAUUAUACUCAAUUUGGGCAGGUCGAGGCCAUUGGCGUUGACAAAGCGAGUACAGUCACACACAUACCCUUAAUCCAUCCCACUCUGUCCCAGGUUAUGACCUCGGCGGAUAAUGCGACACCUUCACAGACCCCUUCCCUUUCACGACGACAGUCUGAACAGUCUUCGAAUGUUUCUUCGAGAAAAGAAGACUUUGUUCGAAAAGCGCCCAUUGCGAUCCUUUCUAUCUUGUCUUCCAUUGUUCCCUAUCCGCGUAACCUGACGAAUUCUCUCAAGCUCCUGGGUCCUCAUCUUGCAACCUCCUUCUCAAAUGCAUGGCAAUUUACGAAUGCUCAAGCACAAGUCGCUUCGAUCCGGCAACGCCGCAUCGCCGAAGAUAGUAGUUUACCAGGAGAACAGGACAGUCUGGAUGACCUACUUCAUCUCGAUCUCGGAGACAUUACAAACUCUACAGCUGGUAGCGUCACCAGCCCAUCUGACUAUUCAGGUAGGUCGAGGAACAGUCCUGGUGGAUCAAUUGCUGGUACCCCUGGCUGGGAUGCCGGAUCACUUGGCUUUACCAGCAAACACUCUAUGGCCGGCACACCUGGCCACCUCGCAGGUAGUGAAGCUAUAGAAAGCUAUUUCGAUUCGCGAAAAAAGAUGGGUAAAACCUCAUCCCAGCCCUCUUCCAACAUUGCGGAACAGACGAGCAACAAAUCUGAAAAACGGCAAAUGAAACGCGUAAGCCUGAACCCAGUGGUCGAACAGCACAGUGAUUCAUCUAGUUCACCGCGUGACGUCAAAGCACCCAAAGAUGAUACGCUUAGCCUGCGUCGGACACCACCCUCGGGAUCUCACAAUCGGAGUCAUUCUCUGUUACAUUCUUAUGGUGCUGAUUUCAGCUCUUCCUUUCAAUCCUUGCCUGCAGCGACGACACCAGGAGGCCGAUUAUCGGGACCACAUACACACCUCAGAAGAGGAUCAAUCACAGAAUCAUUUGAGAUGCCGCCUCCUUCUGAGAGUCUUCUCCGCACUAUCAUUGACUCUCUGCCCGUUCAGAUUUUUACGGCAGCUCCGACCACUGGGGCCAUGACCUGGGUCAAUUCCAAGUUCUUGAUUUAUCGUGGUCAGGACUGUCGUCAGGUGCUGCAAGAUCCUUGGGAGGCCAUACAUCCCGAGGAUCGAGGACCAUAUCUUGAUGAAUGGAGCAAAUCGUUGCGAACCGGUCAGCAAUUGCAGAAGAAGGUUCGUAUGCAACGAUUUGACAAGUGUUACCGGUGGUUCUAUGUACGCGUGGCACCACUGAAGAACAGGCAACAGCAGAUUGUGCACUGGAUAGGGACUAACAUGGACUUUCAUGAACAACACAUUGCUGAGCAGAAUUCUGCUCGUCAACAGGAGACAGCUGCAUCGGAAGCCAAGUAUCGAGCACUGGCCAACUCGAGUCCCCAGAUCGUCUUCGUCGUUUCCAACCGAAGAGGAUUGAGUUUCUGUAAUUCACAGUGGAUCACAUUUUCUGGCCAGUCGGAGGUGCAUGCGCUUGGUAAUGGUUUCCUCGAGCACGUCCAUCCAGAUGAUGUCGUCAAAUGCAAGCUCCCAGUAUUGAACGAAGAUGGUGUCGCCAACGUGCCCACGACCCUACCUCCUGAGAAUGCACGCCAUGAAUACAGUUCUUCAGAAAGUUCUUCAGAAGGCGACAAGACAGUUACUAGUCCUGGAAACUCGACACCGGACAGGCUGGACUUGCCACAAGCUAAGCUAUCCAAACUAGCUAGCACUGGAAUUCUCAGCAUCGCCAAGGAUGCGGAUGGUCGUGCAUCAUACUCCACUGAAGUGCGUCUACGGAACAAAGACGGGGACUAUAGGUGGCAUUUGGUCAGAAUACUCCUCGAAAACAGUCUUGUAGAAGACGGCGAAGAGGAGACGUGGUAUGGCACCGCCACCGACAUCAACGAUCACAAGCUGCUGGAGCAAACAUUAAAGGAAACCAUGGAUGCCAAGUCCAAGUUCUUGAGUAACAUGAGCCACGAAAUUCGCACGCCCCUCAACGGCAUUUCGGGCAUGGUGAACUUCCUCCUGGACAGUGUCUUGAAUUCUGAACAGCUGGAGCAUGUUAAUAUCAUCAAAGCCAGCACCGACAGUCUUCUCAAUCUCAUCAACGACAUUCUCGAUCUGUCCAAGGUGGAGGCAGGCAUGAUCAAGCUUUCCAUGGAGUGGCUCCACGUGCCCUCUCUCCUGGAGGAGGUAAAUGACUUAAAUAUGGGCUUAGCUAUCCAGAAGGGACUCGAGCUCAAUUAUCUGGUGGAGGAAGGAGUACCAACCAUGGUCAAGGGCGACAAGUUCCGCAUUCGACAGGUGCUACUUAACGUCGUUGGUAAUGCAAUUAAAUUCACGAAUAGAGGAGAAAUCUUCGUUCGCUGUAAAAUGCAGCCACCGGACCGUUCAGGGCUUCUUAAAGAGCACGAGACGAUGAUUCGCUUCGAAGUGGUCGAUACAGGACAAGGCUUUACUGAGGCUGAGGCUAAGCACCUUUUCAAGCGGUUCAGUCAGAUCGAUGCCAGCAGCACCAGGCAACAUGGCGGUACCGGUCUCGGUUUGGCCAUUUCUAUGCAAUUUGUCGAACUCCAUGGCGGAAGAAUGGACGCCCAAAGUGUGCCUGGUAGAGGUUCUACGUUCUUCUUUACCAUUAAGUUUGGACUUCCUACCCCCGAAGACUUCCCCAAAGUACAGCCGUCGACUCCAGGAACACCAUUGAUGGAACCUGUAACGGUCGUGCCGCCACCUUUGACCAAGACUUCAUCACAAUCCUCGCAAGGGUCCGCCCUGCAGAAAUCUUUGCAAUCCCAGACAUCUGGAAUGCCACCAAUCAAACGUGUAUCGAGUGUCUCUUCCGAGCGGAGCGACCCUAUCAAGUCGCCUGCAUCAAGUUUAGCCGCCUCUGAACGAUCUCGCGACUCUCCAUCCCUCUCGUCUGGCAGCUCAGAUCAUUCCCUGACGAGUACGGCUUUGACCGGAAAGUCUAGCAUACGAUCUGAGCGUUCAUCUGCAUCAUCGUACCUGCAGGAUGUCCAGCUGCCCUCUGAUCCCAAUCUCCACCUCGCUUUACCAUCGAAGCGACCCGAGAGCGAACGCGGAACUACAGACAACUCUUCUUCUUCUAUGGAUUCGGAGAGCACGGCCCGCCCAUCGUCACCACACCGCAGCUUAUCUCCACUUGGUAGUGCUUUACAGCCGCCAAUGUAUUCCAUUUUGGUUGUCUGCCCGUUGGUACACAGCAGAGAGGCUACUAUCCGCCAUAUCAAGAACACGCUGCCUCAGGACAUCCCACAUCAAGUGACUGGACAAUCAAGUAUCAUUGACGCACAGAGGAUGAUUGGUGGUGACAAUCCUGUGCUAUUCACGCACGUUGUCUUGGUACUUCAUGAUACCUCGGAGGUGCAUGCAAUCAUGGACCAAAUAUACAGCUCCAUGUCCUACGGCAAUACCUCAGUCAUCGUAGUGUCUGAUCCUUCCCAGAAGAAGGAGCUCAUCAAAGAAGCCCCAGUCUAUGAUUACAAUCAGUUACACGCCGACAGACGGCUGCAAUUCAUCUACCGUCCACUCAAACCGUCCAAGUUUGCUGUCAUUUUCGACCCUCAGAAGCAGCGGGAGUCAAGCACCGACCGAAAUCAAGAUUCUGCUCAGCAGGUGGUGGUCAGUCAAAAGCUGGUCUUUGAGGAGUUGAAACGCAGGGUCGGCGGUAAGAAUCAUAAAGUCUUGCUUGUCGAAGACAACAAGAUCAACCAGACGGUGAUUCUGAAAUUUCUGGCCAAGAUUGACAUUGAAACUGAAACAGUACAAGACGGAGUUCAGUGCACCGAUACCGUGUUCUCCAAGGAGCCUGGCUAUUUCUCCAUCAUCUUGUGUGAUCUGCACAUGCCUAAUAAAGACGGGUACCAAGCCUGCAAAGAGAUCCGGCAGUGGGAAAAGAAGCAUGGUUACCGCCGUCACCCAAUCAUUGCAUUAUCUGCAAAUGUUCUCGGCGAUGUCUACGCAAAAUGCGUAGAAGCUGGCUUUAACUCUUAUGUCACAAAGCCUGUCGAAUUCAAAGAACUAUCACUCGCCAUGACCAAAUUUCUAGACCCGGCCGAUCCGUCGAAGCAACCGGAAAUCAUGAAGCGGAAGUAA